AUGAAGAUAUUUUUGUUCAGUUACACGAUUCUGGUGUCUUAUUUGUACAUACCUGCCGUUAGUGGUUAUUUAAAUUUGUAUUUGAGCCUGCCCGAAGUUCAGAGACUUCUCGGUUUACAUGCUGAACUUUUUUACAUUCGAAAAGGAGUUAUCAACAAUUACGCACUUAAUUUUGUUGUACCAAUACCAUCCAACAUCGAUUCACUAUGUUUCACAUGGGAAAGCCUAACACCUGGACAACCAGUGCAUUAUUCAAUUCAAGUGGAUUCCUCGAAUUUGGCCGCGCUACCCACCCCUAAAUUGAACAUAUCAGACGCCGGAGUGAUUUCCAAUACCGUACAAACCUUCCAAAUAUCAUUACCCUGCACUGGGCUGGUGGAAGCAGAAGUAGACAUCAAAAUAAAAAUGAACAUAAUGCUGACGCCCGAAAACGUAACUACAUUGACCUUUCGAAGGAAGAAGAUCUGCUUGGAAUUGGAAAAGUCAACGGCUUACGUUUCUGUGGAUUCUUUGCCUCCCUACUCCAAUUCUGUUAAUAUACUCUACAUAGCCAUAUGCUGCGCUAUAUUGUUCAUAUUUAUAUUGGUGAUUGUUGUGACUUUGUACCACGUGAAAGGGAACAAAACCAGAAGAUCUACCGAAAAUGGUAGUGGACCUACAACUACCACUACCACGUUCCUCGCUGCUUUACCCAGAAACAGCGUGAAUGUUUCUUCUUAUGGUAGUUUAAAAAGAAUGCCUAGUUAUUCAUUGAUUGAAGAGCGAUCCAAGGAUUUGCAAGAUAAAAUUACUGAGCUGUCUAUACAAAGAUGUCGAGUAAGACUCAGCAGCAUAAUUAUGGAAGGCACUUUCGGAAAAAUUUACCAAGGCUCUUACACAACUGAAGAAGGAACCGAAGAAACCACCAUAGUAAAAACAGUUAUGGAUCACGCUAGCGAUGUACAAAUCUCAUUACUUCUGAAGGAAGGCAUGUCCUUGUACGCUUUGAAUCACAAAAAUAUUUUGUCGAUUUCUCGAGUGUCAGUCGAGGAACACAUGGCCCCAUUCUUGCUCUACCCAUACAAAAAUUACACGAAUCUAAAACUAUUCUUACAAAAAUGCAAAGUAUCCUCCGAAGGCGUGCAUCACACCUUAACCACACAGGAACUCGUCGAUAUGGCCUUGCAAAUCAUCCAGGCCAUGCAGUACCUGCAUAAGAAGCACUUGCUUCACAAAGACCUUGCCACUAGGAAUUGCGUUAUCGACGAUAAGCUAAACAUACUAGUAGCCGAUAACGCGUUGUCUAGAGAUCUAUUCCCAUCGGAUUACCACUGUUUGGGAGAUAACGAAAACAGGCCGGUGAAGUGGCUGGCCAUCGAGAGCCUGCUGCACAAGUCCUUCUCGCCGAGCUCGGACGUCUGGUCCUUCGGUGUGCUGCUUUGGGAAUUGACCACCCUGGCCCAGCAGCCCUACAUCGAAAUUGAUCCCUUCGAAAUGGCAGCUUAUUUGAAAGAUGGCUACAGGCUCGCCCAGCCCAUCAAUUGCCCGGACGAAUUAUUCGCUGUGAUGGCGUACUGUUGGGCGAUGAGCGCCGAAGAACGACCGACUUUUACCCAAUUGAACGUAUGCUUGCAAGAAUUUUACGCACAACUUACUAGAUAUGUGUAA